UUUGAAUGUUUUUAAAUUAAUUUCAAAUAAAUCGCUUUUUCUCUCUUACCAUACACACAUUUUCAGUUUCUCUCCCUCCCUCUGCUAUCACUCCACCUAUUUCUUUCCUUUUUUUCCCCAAUUAACAAUCAGAUUAGGUUUUCAAACCCCAGCAAAUUAACAGCUUUUCAAAUUCAAUCACCCAACUAUCAAUUAUACAUAUAACAAUCCUUAAUUCUUCCUAAUUUUAUCCCAUUUUUAGCAAUUUUCACUUCCAUUUUCAAAUUCCCUUUCUUACUUCCCAAACCCCCCUUUUCAUUCUCUUUUACCAUACCUGAAUCAUCAUUAACAACCCAAUAAAAUUCUAGUUUUUUUAAACAAAACCCAGAUUUCUAAUUUCUCUUAUUCCAACAAAACCCAGAUUUCUAAUUUCAUUUUCAAUGUCAAACAAUUAAUCUUCAUUUAGGAUUCAUCAAUUUUUGUUGUAAAAAGAAAUUAGGUAGAUAAAUUAAGCAAAAAUGAUGUCAACAUCGCCAACAAUGAUGCGAAGUUCAUUGGAAGAGAUGUUAGAGAAUCUCCGUAAAAGAGAUGAAGAACAACCUAAAGACAUUCCCCCAGCAUUACCUUCUAGACCCACAUCUAGAGCCCGUUUACCCUCUGCAAGAAGGUCUUUGCCGGUCGGGUUUAAGGUUUCCGGUGAUGAUUCUAAAAGAAAGCCUGAUGAUGACGUAGAUGAGAGAGAAAAGAAACUUGGAGUGGGGCCCUGGUUUAGGAGGAAGAAUAGUUUUGGUAACAGUAAGAAGAAGAUGAAAUCAGAUCAGUCACCUUACAAUGGAGUUGAAGAUAGUCAAAGUCAAGAUGAUGAAAAUAGUGUUAAUGGUGAUGGGGUCACACCUACUUCUAAAUUUAUGAUUGAGUGGGAAGAUAAUCUUGAUUAUUUCAUCAAAAAGAAACUUCGUGUGUGGUGUCGACUUGCUUCUGGACAUUGGGAGCUGGGGAGGAUUCAGUCCAUCUCAGGCGAGGAGUCUCUUUUACAACUUUCAUCAGGCAAUGUCGUCAAAGUCUUGAAAACUGAGCUCCUACCUGCAAAUCCAGAUGUUCUUGAUGGUGUAGAUGACUUAAUACAGCUUAGUUAUUUGAAUGAGCCUUCAGUUCUUUGCAAUCUUCAGUACAGAUAUUCACGUGAUCUGAUCUAUAGUAAAGCAGGUCCCGUAUUGAUAGCAAUCAAUCCGUUCAAGGCUGUCCAACUAUAUGAGAGCAACCAUGUCGAUGCUUAUAGACAGAAGCUUGCUAACAGUCCUCAUGUUUUUGCGAUAGCAGAUGCGGCUUAUGAUGAGAUGAUGAGAGAUGGUGUGAAUCAAUCUAUUAUUAUAAGUGGGGAGAGUGGUGCUGGGAAAACAGAAACAGCAAAGAUUGCAAUGCAAUAUUUGGCUACACUUGGUGGUGGUGGAAAUGGGAUUGAACGAGAAGUUCUUCAAACAAGUUGUAUAUUAGAAGCGUUUGGAAAUGCGAAAACCUUUAGAAACGACAACUCUAGUAGAUUUGGAAAGUUGAUUGAAAUUCAUUUCAGUAUGGCAGGAAAGAUAUGUGGUGCCCUUAUUCAAACUUUCCUGCUUGAAAAGUCAAGAGUAGUUCAACUAGCGAACGGGGAAAGGUCAUACCAUGUCUUUUAUCAACUUUGUACUGGCGCACCAUCUGAUCUAAGAGGUAGAUUGAAUAUUAAAACGGCUAAUGACUACAACUAUCUUAAUCAGAGUAAUUGCUUGGUGAUUGAUAAUGUUGAUGAUGUGCUGAACUUUCAUAAGCUUCAGGAAGCUUUGGAUAUUGUUCGAAUCCGCACAGAAGACAAGGAGAUGAUGUUUGCUGUUCUCACUGCAAUUUUAUGGCUUGGAAACAUAUCUUUUCAAGUUGUUGACAAUGAAAAUCACGUGGAGGUGGUGGCUAAUGAAGCUGUGACUUCUGCUGCCAAUUUAAUUGGUUGCUCUGAGGAGGACUUGAUGCUGGCUUUAUCAACUCGGAAAAUUCAAGCUGGAAAGGAUAACAUUGCAAAGAAAUUAACUCUACAGCAGGCAACGGACACCAGAGAUGCCUUAGCAAAACUUAUCUACGCCAGAUUGUUUGAUUGGCUUGUGGAACAAAUCAAUAAAUCUCUUGAAGUGGGUAAAAGGCGAACUGGAAGAUCCAUAAACAUUCUGGAUAUAUAUGGCUUUGAGUCAUUUCAGAAAAAUAGCUUCGAGCAAUUUUGCAUUAAUUAUGCAAAUGAGAGAUUGCAGCAACAUUUCAAUCGCCAUCUCUUCAAACUGGAACAAGAUGAUUAUGAAGCUGAUGGGAUUGACUGGGCAAAAGUUGAUUUUGAGGACAACCAAGAGUGCUUGAACCUCUUUGAGACGAAACCUCUGGGGCUCUUAUCUCUGUUGGAUGAGGAAUCAAAUUUUCCCAAGGCCACUGAUCUUACUUUUGCCAGCAAGCUUGAACGACAUUUGGGCACCAAUUCCUGUUUUAAAGGAGAAAGAGACGGCGCAUUUAGUAUUUGCCAUUAUGCAGGACUGGUUCCUUAUGACACUACUGGGUUCUUGGAGAAGAACAGAGAUCCUGUGCACUCUGAAUCUCUCCAGUUACUCCAGUCAUGCAGCUUUCCAUUGUUGCGGCUGUUUGCUUCCAGUAUGCUUGACCAAUCUCAGAAGUGUAUCAGUCCCAAUGGCCCAUUAGCGCUGGUUACCCAGAAGCAAAGUGUUGCAACAAAGUUCAAGAGUCAACUUUACAAACUAAUGCAGCAGCUGGAAGAUACCACUCCUCACUUCAUCCGAUGCAUAAAACCAAACAGUAAGCAACUUCCUGGUGUGUAUGACAACGAUCUUGUCAUGCAACAAUUAAGAUGCUGUGGAGUUCUUGAAGUUGUAAGGAUUGCUAGGUGUGGGUAUCCUAAUAGGAUAACUCAUCAAGAAUUUGCGCAAAGGUUUGGCUUCCUGCUUUCUGAUAAGAGCGUAUCUCAGGACCCCUUGAGUAUUUCAGUUGCUAUUUUGCAACAAUUUAACAUUCUUCCUGAAUUAUACCAAGUUGGCUAUACAAAAUUAUAUUUCCGGAUUGGGCAAAUUGCGGCAUUGGAAGAUACAAGAAAACAAGUACUGCAGUCUGUUAUCGGAUUACAAAAAUGCUACCGUAGUUAUAGAGCUCGAACAGAGUUUACGGAACUGAAGAAAGGAAUAUCUACGUUGCAGUCCUUCAUCCGUGGGGAAAUUACCAGAAGGAAGUAUGGGUCUUUAUUACUGAAGCAUAGAGCCCAAUUGCAAAAGCUUAAGAACAACCAUAAGCAUACGCGCAGUGCUUCAAAAGCUUUGGAUGAGCAGCAGAAAGCAAUCGUUCAAUUACAGUCUGUGGUACGUGGUUGGUUGGCUCGAAAGCAUUUUGAUGACAUGCUGACAAUCGGAGACUCCAACGUCAAAUAUAUGAAUAAAAACAAUGUCAAGGAUAGCAAAACUGGACAAAUGAAGGAUUUGUCCCGAGCGAAUCUUCAAGUUUCCAAUAGCGCUGUGGAGGAGCUUCAAAGACGGGUUGCAAGAGCCGAAGCAACUUUAGCUCAGAAGGAAGAAGAGAACACUUCAUUAAGGACACAGUUACAGCAGUAUGAGAUGCGGUGGUCAGAUUAUGAAGCUAAAAUGCGGUCAAUGGAGGAUAUGUGGCAGAAGCAGAUAACAUCUUUGCAAAUGAGCCUAGCUGCAGCUAAAAAGAGUCUUGUCCCCGAGGAUGCUGCUGGUCAACCUGGAAGGCAAGAUGCAUCACCAUCACCUCGCUCUUACGAUUCAGAUGAUAACUUGUUUAUGGGCCCUCGGACUCCCGGAGAGUGCACACCAAUGAAGUACUCAAAUCCCAUUGCUGAAGCUCGAGAAGUUAAUGGAGGUGGCCUAAAUCCAGUCAAUCGUUUGGCAAAGGAGUUUGAGCAGCAAACACAAGUUUUUGAUGAAGAUGCUAGAGCUCUUUUCUCGGUGCCGUCUACACCAGGUAUGAACUCCUUUGAUGAGCUUCGGAGACUGAAGAUGAAAUUCGAAGUAUGGAAGAAGGAAUACAAAGUUCGGCUGAAGGAGACAAAACAAACGCUUCACAAGAUUGGGCAUGCUGAUGUGGAGAAGCAUCGUCGUAAAUGGUGGGGAAAAUUGAGUGGAAGAGUACAUUAAUCGGAGAAAACUUCAUAUCUUUCAAAUUUCUCUGUAAACUACUUCGCUCAUCAACUUCUUGAGCCAAAACGUGUUCUGGCAUGCCGUGCAAGUACAUUAAGCGGAGAUAACAUGAACACGGUUUGUGUUGUAUGUCUACCAAAUUUUGUUGCUUGGUGGAAAACCUGAUGAUAUCAAGGUGUAUUUUUAAAGGGUUACUGUCCGGGAGAAGAUGUGACGACAUUCAAUGUAUAUAUAGUGAAUAUAGGCGUUCCAAAAGGCGGAAGCGAAGCUUAUGUUGUGUUUUUAUGUAAGGUUGUAGCCAAUCAAUUAGUUUGUUGGAACUCUUGGAUUUUCUUCCUCGUACUUUUAUCACUCAUGUUCUUCCAACAUUUUUGAGUUCAUGAACACUUGAUUUUUUCCAAAUUUGUUGUAAUAUUGUCUAUCGGCACAUCCCCACAUCUUGUACGAGAGCCAUUCUUUACAUCUUUUGAUCGAGCAAAUGGGGUAUCGUGCAUUCGGGUUGUAGUAUAACCGACAUAUUAAUGAUAUUGAUUUGUUGGAUAA